AUGAAAGCGCUUUUGCUGCCGACUCGCGGCCGCCUCGUCGCUGGAGCUCCCUGGGUCUGCCGGAGCUGCCAGUCGCAUUUCUCAACCACGGCCAGGCUUUCGCUAUCGCAUAAAAGAACCAAGAAUGCUCUGCCUGAUUCGCCGGCUCGGACUCGGUUUGCGCCUUCGCCGACGGGAUACCUUCAUCUUGGAUCGCUGAGGACGGCGUUGUUCAACUACCUGCUCGCAAAACGCACCGGAGGCCAGUUUCUUCUUCGAAUUGAAGAUACGGACCAGAAAAGGACCAUUCUCGGAGCUGAACAGCGGCUUUACGACGAUCUUCGAUGGGCAGGCAUACACUGGGAUGAAGGCCCGGUAGUUGGCGGUUCCUACGGGCCGUACAGACAGUCCGAGAGAACCGAGCUCUACAAGACCCAAACCAAGCGACUUAUCUCAGGGGGCCAUGCGUAUAGAUGUUUUUGCACGCCGGAACAUCUCGAUGGCGUAGCUCGACACCGUAACGAGGUGGGGUUGACCCCUGGGUACGAUCGAACCUGCGCCGGAAUAUCAAAAGAGGAGUCUGAUGAACGAGCAGCCAACGGAGAGCUUCAUGUUGUUCGUCUACGAGUUGAUGAUCAAUACCCCAUGUUCAACGACCUUGUAUAUGGAAAGACCGGCCAAAACCGCCCGGCCGGACAACGUGGAGGGCACGAGGGUGUAUUUCCAGACCCAAUCCUUAUAAAGUCUGAUGGCCACCCCACCUACCAUCUUGCUAAUGUUGUGGAUGAUCACUUCAUGGAGAUAACCCAUGUUAUUCGUGGCACUGAAUGGAUGUCUUCAACGCCCAUGCAUAUGGCCCUCUACAAUGCCUUUGAAUGGACACCGCCCCAAUUCGGCCACGUCCCUUUAUUGGUAGAUAUGAACGGUCAAAAGCUCAGCAAGCGGAAUGCAGACAUCGAUAUAUCGUUCUUCAAAGACCAGCAGGGGAUUUUUCCCGAGACACUCGCCAACUUUGCAGCCCUUCUUGGGUGGUCUCAUACUCGCAAAUCUGACGUGUUCAGUCUAAAGGAGCUAGAAGAGACAUUUAACUUGAAACUUACUAAGGGAAACACUGUCGUUGCCUUUGAGAAACUUUGGUUCCUACAGAAAGCACAUGCCAAACGGUAUGCUGCGGAAGGAGGGCCUCAAUUUGACGCUAUAACUCAGCAGGUUGUUAAAGCUGCGCUGAAAAGAUUUACGCCUGAAAAGCUGUCCCCAAUUCUUAAGGGUCGACCCCUUGAAAAACAUGUAGCAUCACUACUGCGAGAGGGUGCUCGAUCAUAUACCACCGCUGAAGAAUUCAUUGCACAAAACGAGACAUUCUUCACACAGACAAUAGAUCGGCCCUCCUAUACCUCUGCGGCAGUAGCUAAGAAUCCAUCAUCUGAACCAGCUAUCCCGAUUUCUACUCUCCAUACUGCUGCUGCUGUUCUAACCAUGAUUCCUGAAGAGCACUGGACAGCCGAGGUCCAUCGUGCAAAUAUUGCUUCCUAUAUAUUUUCUGAUGCUUCAGUCUCUGCUCUUAAUAGGGACGCUGCCAUUGCAAAGGCGGAACAGGAAGCUAGAAAAGAGCUUUUCCAUUACCUUCGCUGGGCUCUUUCUGGAGGGGCGCCUGGGAUUGGCAUACCUAAUACCAUGGAGAUAUUAGGACGAGACGAAACCGUUCGUCGACUGCAAGAUGCUAGAGAAGCCACUAAAGCUCUCCUCCCUCAGAAAAAAAUGCCGAGCAAAAAAUCUGCAUCGACCACGGGGGAGGCGGAAUCUAAAAGCUGGAUGGGAUCACUUGCUGGACUAUCCAAAUAG